UCAUUUUCAUUUUUCAGGCACCACACUCUGGACCAAUGUGGAAUGAUACAUUGGAAGCAGUAGACCAGUUUAUUGCUUGCCCACAAAAUCCCCUUUUAUACCCGAAAGUACCAACAAGAGAAGACUGCCUAGUAGCUAAUAUCAUAACACCUUAUAAAGGCACGAAUCUUUCUGUUUUAGUGUACGUACAUGGAGGGGCGUAUCAGUUAGGUUUUGGUCAUGCCUUAUCACCGAAAACUUUGGUGGACAGCCAAAAGAUAAUAGCAGUGACGUUUAACUACCGGCUUGGAGCCCAUGGCUUUCUAUGUCUGGGUACUGAUAGUGCUCCUGGCAACGCAGGCAUGAAAGACAUUGUGGCAUUACUUCGUUGGGUGCAACAGAAUAUUGCUUCUUUUGGAGGAAACCCCCAUGAUGUAACUAUAGCUGGAUACAGUGCAGGAUCUUCAGCGGUUGGUUUGCUGAUAUUGUCUAGAAUGACUGCUGGGUUAUUUAGCAAAGCGAUCCCAGAAAGCGGUGCCGAUGUUGGCACCUGGAGUGUUCAAUUAGAUCCAAUAGAAAAUGCUAAGAAAUAUGCCAAGCAACUAGGUUUUAACAAAGUUGAGAAUAUACAAGCUUUAGAAGAGUUUUAUCAAAAUGCAGAUUUUGACGAACUAAUGUCUGAUGCUUUUGAGACCAAAAAGGAUUCUACUUUUCAUUUUACUCCAUGUAUUGAACGGGACGUAGGAGAAGAAAUAUUCCUACAUGAUAGCCCUGUAAAUAUUAUCAGACAAGAGAAGUACAAUAAAGUAGCUAUGUUAUACGGAUUUACAGAUAUGGAAGGCUUAUUUAGAAUGCCUCAAUUUUAUUAUUGGAUCUGGGAUAUGAAUUUACGAUUCUCAAAUUACUUACCUGCUGAUUUAAUAUUUAAAAACGAGAUUGUUAGAAAAAAUGUUGCGAAAGAAAUAAAAUCAUUUUACACCGCCAAAAAUUCAAGUCUCUUUACUAUUACGGGAUAUAUAAAUUAUUUUACUGACGUUAUGUUCGCCUAUCCUGUCCUAAGGUCUAUUAAUUUGCGUUUGGCAUCCGGAAGUGAAAAUAUUUAUUUAUACGAGUAUUCAUUUUCGAAGAAGUAUUCCCACAUUAAUUUGCCUGGAGCUAGUCAUUGCUGA